AUGGAAAAUCUAACUGUACUGUCCUUUCGCAAGAUCGACGAAGUCAGACGACUUGCGAAACAUUUCCAAAACGUCAUAAAUCACCCAUUAACCCAGAACAAACAAGUUCUUUACAAUUACCUGAAUAAUUUAGAUAAAACGCACAAAAAUAUAUUCCUACAAAAACGUGAAACCGUUGAGGUUGAAUAUAUAUUUACGACUGAAAAGAAAAGCAAUUUGCAAAGACAACGUUUUAACAGUUUACCUGUUAGUGAAGUGCCUGAACUGUUAAAAACUGAAUUUAUCACAAACGAUGAUGCCAAACAAGUGCACAUAUGCACCGAUUGCAACAUCGAGAUAGAACUAAAUGAUGAAGAGCCUUUGAUGGAAUCGCUGCAGAAACAUUUUAGUUCCGAUGCUCACUUGCCGAAACUAAAGCGUGAGAGCAUUGACGUCGCUGAGCCGAUAAUCUUACCAAACAUGUCCCGAAGACUCUCCACUAUGAGUGAGCUGAGUGACACGCCCUUGGCAAAAAUGAAGGAGAUAACAAUAUCUCCCAAAUCUGCUGAGAAAUUGGAAAGAAACUUCACGUCGAAGCUUAGUACCAUGUUGGCUAAACAUCUGCCUGACGCUUCUGAAGCCACCAUCGACGCUGGCUUAAAGUUUUACCAAGAGAGCUAUGAUAAAUUAUCUUGUGAUAUUUCUGCUGUAGAUUUUUCCACUCAAACAAGUUCAGUGGCUCCGAUCAUCAUGAGUAUAAAAGAUAAUGUGUACCAAAAUUUCGCCGGAGACACGAAUAAGAAUAUAGAUAACGACGAGAACGAACAAGCGGCUGAAAAACCUAAGAACCAAGUGAAGAAAUAUCGCUACUACGGGCCUAUUGAGAAGCAAAUCGUGAAGUUGCUCGCAAAUCAUAAACUACUUUCCUUAAUCGACGAUAGAACAGGGAAAUUAGCUUUCUUUUGCAUUGUUUGCGAGUACUAUACUCUCAGAUUCCAUUACGAUAGUGUCUUGAACCAUGUCUUCGGCGAAACUCACAUACACAACCUUUCUACUGUCUUGCAAUCUGACUCUAGCAUUCCUUUUGCCAUGACGGAUAAUUCUAUAGAGAAAAUUAAGGAGAUGAAUGAAAAGUUUCUUCUCAGCCAUGAUAUUGUUGUAUCUCCUAAUGCUCUGUUUUGCCGUCUAUGCAAUGUUUCUAUCGAUUCCAUUGAAGCGUCGAUUCUUCAUAUUCUUGAUGAGAAGCAUCUUGCCAAACUUUCGGAUGAGUUGUACAUUAGGAUGAAGGAGAAAAACUCCGAAGUGCCUGAAGAGUGGGGCCCUAAGGACCUUAACUGGACGAAGUAUUUGGCUAGCGUGGGCAAGCCCAUUAACAAUCGUGACCAUGUGAUGAUUGAAAACUUUAUCAAGUCGUCUGGAAAGAUCGGUAACUUCUGCACAUGCUGCGAAAUGACUCUGAAAGGGCCAAGGCAGGUGCUAUUUAAUCACAUCCGUCAGAAAAAGCAUCUGCGUAACGCAGCGCCCCGAAAGUUGUCCAUGCUUUAUAAAAACCAUUGUCGGCCUUCUGAAUAUUUUGCCAGUUUCGGCAAUUAUUAUGUGUGCUCCAUUUGCCCGGAGUAUGUGGCUGUGCCUUCGAUUUCAGCUAUAGUUGAACAUUUUGAGAGCAAUGCUCAUUUCGAGACCAUCUGUAAAUUGAUACGUUGUGCUUUGUUCAGCGAAAACGAUAGGAAAUUGUUAGCGGCCAAUAAGAUCGAAGACUUGAAGUGCACCAUAUGCAAUCUGAGCUUCCAGGAUUACAGUGACGCUGUGAAACAUGUCCUGAGCAGCAUGGAGCAUCAAACUGGAGUUGCUGAAUCCAAAAUCAAUGCGAACAAAGGCGAUAUUAUCAGCGUUUAUAUGAAAGGAAAUCAUAUUUUGCACAGUGAAGGGUCUACUUUCACUUGCGUGGACUGCAAAGGGGUGUUCCAGUCGAUCCGUUCGUUGCUAACACACUUGGUGUACGCUGGGCAUUUCGUCGAGAAGCCACCAACUGAGAGCAUUUUCCGUUUCUAUUUGGAGUUAAAACACAACAUAAAUAUGUUGGCAAGAAACAAAAGCAUGUGGGGUCUCCCCGCCAUAGAGAAAAUAUGGGGGCCAGCUAUGUUAACCUUGAUGCCUCUACUGUUGAGUAAAGGUUCUGAAUGA